AUGGUGUUUAACAAGAGCGGCACCACCGGAACACCCUCCCCGACCCGACGCAGCAUGGGGUGCUUUCUGGCGGACCAUCUCUCCGCCGCGAUGGUGACCGUGCAGGAGCUCGAGGCGCACGCGGUCAAGGACUCCGUGAAGGUGUUGGCGCGCAAAGUUAUGGUGUCCAUCCAGGUGUUGCAGCAUCGCAUGAAGGAAAACGCAAACAGUGAGCACAUCCGCAAGGCGUUCGAGGACGCGUGGUCGCAGAUUGCCCGUCUGAAGGAGGAAAUCGAGCGGCAGGGGACGAAGUACGAGGUGCUGAACAAGCUGAGCGGGGUGCAGUUCUACCUGCAAGAUUUUCAAACCAAGUUUGUGGACUACCUGACCCUGGACCACGCGCUGCAGUCGCUGCGCGACUUUGACGCGCACCUGCGUUCGGUGUACGAGGAAACGAUCACCCGCGGCGCGGUCGUCCUGACCCAGCGGGAGCGGCUGGACCGCGGGCUGACCGUUUUGGAUGCAAAGGUGAAGGCCGCGAUGACGCUGCUGCAGACCAUGAAAGAGCAGUUGAAGACGGAGUCGGUGGAGCGGAUGGGGCCCAAGUUCCAGGCCGCGCUGCAGCACGUACAGGAACUGUGCAACGACGUGACGCAGUUGAACCUGCUCGAGGUGACCACCUGUGCCACCACCACGGCCUUCUUGUUUCGCGUCCGCGAGUCCCUCUUCGAGCGGGCCAGCGCGGCCAAGGGCUUCCUGAACGGCUUCCAGGAGCGGGUGUUCACGCUGGCGCCGCUGGACCAGGCGGUCCUGGCCCUGCAGGACAUUGCGGACGUGGUGCACGCCGCGGCGGUGGAGGGCAAGGAGUGCUGCCUCAUGGGGCUGGAAUUUUCCCGCCAACGGAUUUUGUCGCUGAAAGAAGGCCUGCACCAGAACUUUCUGGACCAGGACGGCGAAUGCAUCUACAACCUGAAAAAGUACUACUUCGAGUCGCUAGAGGCGGUGCGGCAGAUUCAGUACACGCACGCGCUGACGAACCUUACGGAGCAGAAGCGCGAACUGCUGUGCCAGAAGGUGAAAUUCGUCUACGACACGAUCGAGCAGACCGUGACCGUGAACAAGCACCAGCUGCAGGGGUUUUGCUGCCGCGUGAAGCUGUCCGAGGCGAUGACGCUGCUGUACCGGGUCCGCACCCAGAUCUUCGGCUCCCUGCAGGACUUCGGCGCGACCGGCUCCACCAAGGUGAAUGCCGUGCGCGAGAAGUUUCGGUCCGUCCUGCAGCUGCUCGAGCAGCUGAUGGUGGAAACGGCGAAGAGCGUAUGAGAGUGCACAACUCCCCCUCCCCGUCAAUUGUCAUGCGAAAUACUUAUACCAAGUCUACUUUAGGUUCGUUCUGCAUCAUGACAGAUUUUCGAACCUCAAACAGAACCAGAAUCCGCGUAGAGAAGAUUUGUCAUGCGGAAGCCACAUUUCGCUCGAUGUUUGUGUUGCUGCUCAUGCCUUUUAAAUAAGGGAGAGUUUAUCUUGCGCACUCUCAUAGAGCGGGGUCCUGCUGCAGAAGAACUCGAAGGAGGUGUACAAGCAGGCCUUCGCCGCGAUUUCGAACCUGCAGAAGGAACUGCUGGCGAGUUCCCUGUCCGAACCGCUGGUGGAGCAGUUUAACGAGGCCUACAACGCCCUGACCGUGGCCGCCGUGCAGGACAAGGCGUUGUCCACGUGCGUGAACGUGACGGUGAAUGCGGCGACGUUUGCGCAGCAGAAGUUUCCCAGCGUGGUGGAGAUGGGCAAGUCCUUCGUGCAGCGCGCGCGGGCGCUGGACGACCGCCGGUUCGGUUCCGGGGUGCAGACCCAGUUUUCGAACGCGAUCACCCGGGUGCAGGACCUGGACCAACGGUACCUGAACGGCAAAGCGUAUCAAAAGGAAAAAUCCCCCCUCCACAUAUCGAAACGAAAUUUCUGAUGCUGGAUUUGCGUACACAAAUCAGGCGUGUCUUGCUGGAGAGGACUGCAGGCAUAUACCAAGCCUGGGUCGAGAGGUUUUGACGUAGGGGACUAGCAUGACAGACGUCGGCCCUGUAAGCCCAACAGCAUCACAAACCGCCGGCAUAAUGCGGCGGACCCCAAGGCUUUGCCUUCUUGCAAGACAGACAGGAUUUGUGACGUCAAAUCUGCAUCAGAAAUUUUUAGGCGAAUGCGUUUUCAAUAUGGGGAGGGGGGGAUUUUUCCUCUCAAUAAGGCGGCCUCCACGGUCUACCGCGCCGUCGCGCAGUACGGGGAACAGGAGCAGCAGGCGACUGCGCCUAUGUGGCAGGUGGAGCAGCAGGUGGGUGUAGCGCCGAUCAUGGGGAGUUGA